AUGGGAAAAGAAGAGAAGAAAGUGAUAUCGGAGAAAGGCCGAAGGCCGGAGAAGGGAGGCAGCCGGUCGGCGAUUAGGGUUUUAGAGGAGGGAGGAUCAAUAAUACUUGUGUUUGUAUGGUUUAAGACUACAACCGCUACUUCACUUAGUCACCAAGCUAGUAAUUAUAAGUGCAUCGAUAAAGAGAGACAUGCUCUUCUUCAUUUCAAAUCAUACAUUCAUUAUGACCCUUAUGACCCUGAAGAAUUUCUUUCCACAUGGACACGUGAAGAAGAAGAAGCAACUGGCAAUUGUUGUGAAUGGUAUGGAGUUACGUGCAACAAUGAAACGGGUCAUGUCACAGCUCUUGACUUGGCCGAUGGAUAUCUUGAAGGUAAGAUUAGCCCUUCGUUGCUUAACUUAAGCUACUUGAAUUAUCUUGACCUUCGUGGAAAUUAUUUUAGCGAUACCAUUCCCAUGUUCAUUGGUUCCAUGACUCAACUAAGGUAUCUUGACCUUGGUUGGAAUGCUUUUACCGGAACCAUUCCUCGUGAACUUGGAAACCUCACACACUUGCAAGUGCUUUCACUUAAAGAUCUUCGAGAAUGUACGAUUGAAAACCUGGAUUGGUUAUUUCAUUUGUCUCAGUUGGAGGACCUUGAUAUGUCAAGUAUCUCUUUGGGCAAAGUAGAUAACUGGGUAAAUGUCAUUCUAAGUCUUAAAAAACUAUCAACCUUAAGUUUAAACGGAUGUCGCCUCUCACAUGUCAUACAUCCGUAUUCUUAUCCAUCUGUUAGUUCUCCUUCGUCUAUUGUCCGCCUAUAUCUUGGAAACAACAGUCUCAACUCAUCCAUGUAUCAUUGGUUGUACCCAUUAACUAGCAACAAACUUGUAGUUCUUGAUCUUUCUGGCAACAAGUUAGAUGGGAUUCCCAAAUAUUUUGGAAACCUAUGUAGUCUUACAUCUUUAUAUUUUUAUUUUAACUUAAUGCCUAUCAAACUUCCUGAUUUCCUAAAGAGCUUGUCAGGAUGCACAUCAUUUACACUACAAGUGUUGUAUGCUUCAAGCAGCCAAUUCACAGGGUCAUUGUCAAAUGAUAUCCAAAAGUUUUCAUCCCUAGCGUAUUUAUCCUUUUCUGAUAAUCAAUUAAAUGGAUCUAUAAGUGAGAAAGUAUGGCAACUACCCGCGCUUCAAAGGUUAGACGUGUCGUCCAAUUAUCUUAAAGGUGCCAUCUCUGAAUACAUUGGAAAUUCGAAGAUUUUGGCUAUAGAUCUUUCAAACAAUCCACUUGAAGGGAUUCGUUCUAAAGCCUACAUGUCAAACCUUUCCAAUAAUUCAGACACAGUUCCGAAGGAGUUUUGGAACAUGUGGCCUUCUAGAUUGACAUAUAUCAAUCUCUCUUCCAACAACAUCACAGGGGAAUUUACAGAUUCGUUAUCAAACUUUGACUCUGAAUCGUCAACAUUAGAUUUGAGUUCGAACAACUUUUAUGGUCCUAUAAAAAAUGUUUCAUCCGCUUUACAAAAGUUAGACCUUUCCAGAAACAAAUUUAAUGGAGACAUCAGUUUUUUAUGCCAAAUUGUUGAUGGGUCUCUCUUCUUUCUUGAUCUCUCACACAACUCAUUCACAGGACAGAUUCCAGAUUGUUUGUGGCAUUUUAAAAAACUAAAACUUCUUAGUCUAGGAUAUAACAAUCUGUCUGGAAGGCUACCUGCUUCUUUCAAGUAUUUGAUCGAUCUCGAGGUCUUGAGUUUAUACAAAAAUAGCUUAUACGGAGAAUUCCCCUUAUCACUAAAGAGUUGCACAAAGUUAACCUUUUUGGAAUUGGGAGCCAACAAUUUUGUUGGUUAUGUGCCUCUUUGGAUAGGGGAAAAGUUAUCAAGGUUGUAUGCUCUUAGCCCAACAUCAAAUAACUUCUUUGGAAUCAUCCCUUCACAAUUAUGUCGUUUAGCAAAUCUACAAAUUCUAGACAUGUCACUAAACAACUUAUAUGGAAGCAUCCCAUCGUGUCUCGAUAAUCUCACUUCCAUGGUUCAAAAUUGA